UUUUCCUCCCGCUCUUCGCCAAAUCACUCAGCAGGUUUUCUGGCUGCGCAGGCUCCUUGCCAUUGCCAGUCAACGCGACGACACGUGGGACCUUGCAAGCUAAGGAAGCCUGAAGGAUUGUCCAGGCCUCACGACUUUGUCUGUGGUUUGAGUAUCCUGUUUUGACACGAUGCUGGCUGCGUCCGUCGGACUGUUUCGAGGGCAGACGAUGCGGGCAGCUUCAUUGAGACCCUCGGUGUUGCCCGUCUCCCGCGCGCUUCGUAGUGGUCCUGCCCCAUGGUUCGCACAUUUGGUCGGCGUUCUCAUCAUUCCAAACUCAUGCGCCUUUCAGUGUCCCCUUCAACCCUCUAUUUCGUUCUCUCUCCACGAGCAUACUUUCCAGGCGUUCUGUGAGUCGAUACCGACCGCGAGAGCAGUGCGCUCAUUUCAUCCAAAGCUACAACCUCCCUUCCGACGGCAGUCGACGCGAUGGAACUCGAGCGUUGCUUCUGAAGCCGCUGCCAGCACUCCCUCACCCGGGCUCAUUCCAAUCGACCAACUGACUCCCGAGCUAGCGGACGUCGUCGCAGCGGUGCCACCACUACAGCACGGCGACUUUGCUGCGCUCGGCCUCUGCCACUGGACGCCCCCCGGCCUGGUUCAGUACUCGACCGAACUGAUGCAUCUCGCGACGGGGUUCAACUGGUUCUGGACCAUAGUCGCCACGACCGUCUUCUGGCGGCUGGUCAUCUUUCCGCUCAUCGCCAUCAGCCAGAAACACUCGUCCCGGAUGCGCACGAUCCAGCCGCAGCUGGACGUGAUCAUGGCGAAGGUGACUGAGGCGCGCGCGACCGGCGACACGCUCGCGAUGCAGAAAGCGUCGCAGGCGGGAGCGAAGCUGCGGGCGAGUGUGGGCGCCAGCCUGUUUGGGCUGUCGGCUGGUCUCUUCCAACUGCCGGUCUCGAUUGGCAUGUUCUUUGGUUUCAAGAGGAUGUGCGAGCUGCCGGUGCCCCAACUGACGGACAGCGGAAUGCCAUUCCUGACCGACCUGACCACGGCGGAUCCGACGCACAUCCUUCCAAUUGCAGUGGUCGGGGCUGGGAACAUCAUGAUCAUGAUGUCCGCCCGCGACAUAGAUAUGGUUGCGAACCCGAGGAUGGGACAUAUCAUGAACGGAUUGCGACUGCUAUCCAUGGUCUCUCUCGUCUGGUUUUUAAAUCUCCCCUCGGGACUGCUCUUGAGCAUGCUCGUGACCUCAUGCUCGAUCAUGCUGCAGAACAGACUUCUGCGGGUGGAUCCGUUCCGGAAACUGUUGGGACUACCCCCAUGGUGUCCCCCUGUCGGUGGUGUCGGAAAGCUGCCCACGCUGCUUGAGACAGCCAAGUUCGUGUCCGGAUCCGACGGGGCUGCGACUGCGCCUGCGGUAGCCCCCAAGGCUUACAUGCCCCCGCCCCGGCCGGUGACCCCCACACCCAUCCCGAGAGCUUCGUCGUCGCAGCCGGCGUCCAGUCUCUUCGAGACGCCCGUCGCUCCGGCACCGACUCCCCGUGCCAAGGCGAGGAAAGCAAAAAGAAAGAGCACAUAGACAACUUGUUUUACCUUAAUAUCGAUGCUCUGGUAAUCCAAAAAGGGCCACCCCGUCUCUGAACAAACAUUUUCUUGAGCGUCGACAGGCGGGAGUGUGACAACAGUGGUCGCGUGCGUGGGUCGUGAGUCGAGCCACUACUGCAAGAGUGCUGUAGUGCGGUCUCUCGUAGACGUACAAGUCACUGCGAAUCGGCCGGAUACGAUCCACUGGCAGCUCUCCGUUGUUUCUGCUAGCCUGAACCAAAAGAUGAUCCGCUUCUUGGACUCGAAUCCUGACUAAUCACUUGCUGACACUUCGCGGAGUGGAAAUUGUCUCCCAGAGGCGAGUCUCCUCGAGAACACAUAGGCUCCUGGAUGUGCUUUGCGUUACUCAUUAGGGCAAAUCGGCCGCUCGUCCAUUUGAGCGCGGACAGUGUCCUCAUCUGCACAAGGGUCGCUUCUACGCAUUCCGUCAUUCAAGCCGAGUCUCUUCCAAGCAUCCGCUACAUAUAUGUAGGCCGUAGGCAGAAUCAUUGACGAUGCGCGCGUGCGCAAAAUGGCGUCUCGUGCAUUGCAGCCUUGCGGGCGGCGCUUGGGUAUUGAAAACAGAGGGACCAACGAAGCAGAUGCGAUUGAACCGCCCUGCGCACGCGGCCAGUGCAACGUUUCACAGCAGCAGAUUUAAUAUUCUUGUUAAUACGACACGUAUCUGAAUCACAGAUAAGCCGUGUCGACCCACGCGUGGCUGCCCAAGAUAUCCUGGAUCGUGUACCCCGUGGUGGACGAAAGCUUCGUAGAGAACGACGCGCGGGUUCCAGAGGCUCCAGACCCUGAGCUCUUGUACUCUGCGAAGAGGACGUGGGCGGUAUUAGGCGUGGCCGCACUCCACUCUGACCACCCAGCGCCGUUGAUGUGGGCGCCCAUGUUUGUGUUGGUGAACACAACG